AUGAAACUCAGUACAUUGUUUAUAUCGCUAGUGCUAGCGCUAGGGUCAGUUGAUGCGCAUAAAAAGCACAAUAAUGGUCAUCACAAGGGCCAUCGCAAAGGUGGUCAUCACCACAAGGCGAACCUAACUCGCGAAUUUGCAGCCGAAGUUGCACGGACGAUUGUGAACCACGGGGACGUGUUGCAUGUGUCGACCCUGCGGGAAGAUGGGUAUCCUGUGACGAUGCCAGAGUACUAUGUCUCGUCAGAUUACUGCAAAGGUGUGGAAUCGACGGGGAACCCAAUUUUGGUUUUGAUGAACGUUUCGUCGACUCUACAACAUUUCAAGGAUAACGGGAAGCUGACGAUGACUGUUGAGGGCAGAAAACACCAUGCUCCUGUGAUGGAAUCGCCUCGUGCCAAUCUCUUUGGUACUUUGAAGGAAGUGGAAACGAGCGAUGCGUUGAAGGCCUGUUUUGCAAAGAGACACCCGGAUUCUGCCUCUUGGCUACCAGGCACGGACGGGUUGGUCCACGACGCUGCGUUCUAUGAGUUCGACGUUGAGAAGUUGUACUACGUUGGUGGGUUUGGUAACGUGGCAUACAUUGGCGACAUUGACGGGGAAUUGUACCAUUCGUCGCAGCCAUUGAAGCACGGUAAACACCAUCAUAAGGGCGGGAAGGCUAAGGACGAGUCCGAAAAAGAAGUGGUGGAAAAGCCCAAGGAAUCGCUAGCUGAGAAAUUGAAGGCAUGGGUUUUCGCCAGUGCCGGCGAAACUGAUCGUUACGUUGAGCAACACCCAUUCUCUAACGAAGUGAAAAAUGACGACGAGACUAAGUCCGAAAAGUCUGUUGUUGGCAAGAAGCACAAGAAAAACAAGAACAAAGGCUGCCACGGCAAGAAGAAAUCCGAGGCAGCGGGGGCAGCAGACGAGGCCAGUUCUGGGUCUGGGUCUGGACCCAGCUCGUCCUGGGAGAGCGCCAAGGCUUUGCUCUUGGAUGUAGUCAAUAAGUAUUAG